UUGGUGGUAGUGAUGCAAUAGUUGUUGUUGAAAAUAAAGUUAAUGCAGACAAAGCUAAUGCAGACAAAGCUGAUGCAAAUGAAACUAAUAUAGUUAUAAUCAAAGAAGUGGAUGAUAUUAACACAAACAACGAGACUAGUAUAAACAAA